AUGAUGGCUACGAAACAGUGGGACAUAUUCACAAGGAAUUUCAAGAGGAAUUGGAAUGAUUUGUUUAAGGCGCUUCCUUUAAUUUCACGAAGCGUUAGACAUCAUUCCCACUUUCAGCAAGGACGAGGUAUCCAUGUUUCCAAGAAAGCCCAUGUCUUCUCCGCCCGUAAACCAUACAAGGCUACAUCUGCACUCUCUACAUAUACGAAGAAUAAUUUCGAGACACAAUCUAGUAACUCUAGUUCUCCACGACAGAAUUCCACCUGCCAUUCACACUCUCCAAUUUCACUCUCCUAUCUUCUAAAACUCUCUCACGCACCCCAUUCUCCUUCUUUCUCACCACCCUUCAAGUUGCCCUGUACAAGUUGUAAAAUUCGUAUAAUUUGCGUCCAGCAAGAAGGUAGAGAUGGCGAAAUUUCGGAAGAGCUCUGGCACGGCGGUAACGAGGAGUAUUUUGAGGGCGUUUCCUGCAAGCGUGUAUUUGUAGAGUUGGAUGGAGCCCGCGAGCCAGACGAGGUGGAAGUAUUGGAAGAGCCCGCGAGCAGCUACUUCGAGGCCCUAGAGGCGUUGAUCUCCAGCUCUUCCCGGUAUUUUUGUACUCGGCAUGGAAUUCAUCUGGAAGUUAGAAUGGUCUGGCAGAUAUUUUUAGCACUGGGUGUAGCCCCAUAUUAUUUUCUUGUAGUUCAUACGCAAGUGGUAGUCAUCAGGAAUCUAAUCGUAGCGAUGCUAAUCGGCCGGAUCGCUUCGGUCAAUUUCCUGGGGAAUGAUGUCGAACAAUUCGUACCACAAAAGGUUCCAGAGGGCAGGAAGUUGAUGCGACUAGGGACCACAAGUAACCAUAACUUUGACGCCGAGCCCUCCAGAGAGCCAAAUACUGCCAGGGGUGUUGUUGAAAUGUACUUGGUCCAAAGACGGCAGCAAGAGGAAUUUACCAUUGAAUUGCAGCUAGCAGCAACGCUUCGGGGUCAGUUCGAAAUGCAUCGAAAGAGAAGAAACUGA